UAAACAAUUCAAAGAUAAAGUAAUAGUAAAAAAAAUAGUAUAAUGUAGUCUGGUAAAUGUGACAAAUAAACAAACCGACAUAAAUCAAAAGGAUUGAAAAAUAUGCCUGUCGUAUUAACGAAACAAAUAUAAUUAGGCAUAUUUAUAUUAAAAUUUAAUCUCAAGAUUAAUAAUAAAUAGUGACGAAUUUAAAGAACAAUAAAAUAAAUAAACAACAACAACAACAACAACAAUAGUGGUGGUGAAUUGUGAAAGUGAUUGAUCAAAUUGGUGGUAACAUUCUAAAAGUGAACAAACAAACAAACAAACGAUAAACAUACAACAAUAAAAAAUAAAGGGAAUAAUAAUUUGUAGUGGGCCCUACUCGUCAAAACAAAAAAAAAGCAAAAAAAAACAAAAGGGGUUUUGUUUUUUUUACUUGAAGGCCAAAGGAGAAAGGAUUGAAGUUGUUUGUUGGAGACAGGAUGAAGACGUUGGGCGACGUUGUUGCCGAUCCCGUAGACGAGGAGAAGGACAAUACCGAUUCAGGGCAUGGAACUGCAGUUGGCAAAGAAUUUGGUCAGAGAACUCUAAGAUCCUUGAAAAGAGGACUUGGAAGAUUGUGGAAGAGACACAGGGGCAAUGCCUCGAUAACCGACUAUGAUCCUUGUUAUAAGGUCGCCUAUCUUGGGAAUGUCCUUACUGGUUGGGCCAAGGGUGAAGGAUGUGUAGAAAAACCAGUGUCAACUUUAUGGCGAAAUUACGUGACAAGCAGUAGACCAGACGUUUCCAUGAGAUUGACCGUAACUAAUGGUGGUUUGACAGCAACAACCAAGGAUCAUGGUUUAACGGAAUAUUGGGCACAUAGGGUGACUUAUUGUACAGCACCAGUAUCCCAUCCAAGACUUUUCGUUUGGGUUUAUAGACACGAGGGUCGUAGGUUUAGGCCGGAAUUAAGGUGCCAUGCUGCAUUAUGCAGCAAAGAAUCUACUGCUAGGAGAUUAGCUUCGACCUUGAAUGCUAGGUUACAACAAGCCCUAUUGGAAUUUCGCAGAGAUAAGGUGUCCAGGCAAAAUGCUAGAUUGUCCUUGGCAAAUGCUCUCUACGAGAAUCCUUCGUUACCUAGGAGAAAACUUUUGUUGAGUACAGGUGGUCAAAAUUAUCGACCACCAUUAGAAAGGUCUAAAAGUGCACCUAAGCUCUCAGCUAUCGAGGAAGAUGCUGUUGCCGAAGAGAUCGAACAACAACGAUUACUUGAAGACUUGAGAACAUUGGAAACUGUUGCUAGAAGUUGGCAGGAUCAGGAUGAUUGGAGAUUGGCACGUCUGUUGGAUUCACUCAAUCGAGAAUCUUCUGAUGAAAAUGGAAGUAUAUCUAGUGGUUGUGAAACAGCUAGUACAGCAACUAGUGAAGAAAGAACGAUUGGGCCUGAGGAUCAUCAGAUUGCUGGUGAGAUGGAACAUCAUCAAGCAAAUGCUAGGAUCCAAUACGAGGAUGAAAACGUGAGAGGUGUUGGACCUAGAAGAAAUUCUGAAGGUUCACCUAAUUUCAUGACGUGUACCGGUAGUCCACGUUUUCAUCGUUGUAACGUAACACCCAAUCGAAAAAGGUUUUCCUUAAGAAAUGAGGAAGAUGAAUCCAUGGAAGAAGAAGAGGAGGAAGAAGAAGAAGAAGAAGAAGAAACUGUAAACACCCCUACGAAUCGUUUUGAAUUCGAGGACGUCGAGGAUUUCGACGAAGUGGUGGAUUACAGGCCUAGGGGUGAGAUUCAUCGUAGAAUUGAAACUACCCAAGAUAAGGAAAGGCGAGUAUUGGAAAAAUAUCCGAGUUGUAGGUUAAAUCGUCAAUUGUCAUCAAAUGAGGAUACUUCAUUUCUGACGUUGGAUUCUUUGGAUGAGGAAGCUGACAGCGAUGAAAGUGGUUACGUUGAAGCACCCCCUAAAUCACUCCUAGGACAAAACAAUAAUAAUAAUAAUAAUAGUAGUAGUAGUAGUAGUAAUAGUAAUAAUACCAAUAAAGAACUUGAUGUUAUUGUAGAUAGCAAAUCGAACGAUAUAAACGAACGAAAUGAUGAAAAUACGACGAUCGAGAUGAAACUUGAUGACAGAAAGCAAAUUGAUAUUAACUCUGAUGAUGAUCCUUCGAAUCAUACGAUAGAUGAUAAUCAAAGGAUUAUUAAAGAGAGAGAACGUGAGAAAUCAGACUUCAUUAAGUGUCCGAUAUCAGAAACUAUCAAAAAGUUAGCCAAUGCUUCCUUAAGAAGUUCCAAAUCAUUGGAAAUUGCUACGAACAGUUGUUCAAAAGCAAUGACUAACCUGAAAACGUCCAAAUCAUUCGAUUCUACCAAUAGAAAUGAAAACGUUGAAAUCGAAUCGCCGAGUUUGUUGCAAAGAAAACAAUUGUUGGCUCAACAUGGGGUUAUUGUUUAAAAUAUUAGGUUAAAGGAAGAUCAUGAAAUAAUCCUCUUUGGUUGAGAACACACCCUCUAGUUUGCAAAAUUAUUUUUUAAAGAGAGAGAGAUAGAGAGAGAGAGGGGGGAACUAGGAAUUGCAUUUUCGUAAUGUUUAAGUAUAUAAAUAUAUGAAUUGUUGAUUACAUAAUGAAUUCAUUUUAAUUACACGAUACGCUUUUUAUGUAGUUCAAUGAUAUAUUAAAGCGUUGUAAUACGUAAUUAUAGAAAUUAAGCAAUUUUCAUUGCUCAAU